CCUCUCGCAACACCACAAACCGAUUAGAUUCCAGCAGAGCAGAGAGAAGAAAGAAAACAAAAACAACCUCCUUCUUCCCUUCGUGUGAGGAAGAAGAAGAAGAGGCCAAGAAAAAAAAAAGAUUAAGAGCUUUUUCCUUCUUUGAUUCUUUGUUUCUUCAUCUAGGGUUUGAAUUUUAGGGUUGUAAUCAUGGGGACUGAGAUCUUGAGGCCACAGGAUUGUCUGAUCGAGCGGAUCCGAGUCUCUCCGCCGAAGAGUAAUUACUAUGGAAAUCCCAUUCCCAUUCAUGUGGCUAGCAACGUUAGAUCUAGAAAGCCGGCGGUGAGGGCGGAGCAGAGGAGGCCGGAGCCGGCGGCGGCGGUCUCGAGGAGGUCCGGCCGGUCCAGCUCCGAGGAUUUGAAGGCGGAGAAGGUGACGAUUUUGAGGCGGGGAGAGCCGAUGAGCCGGUUGAAGAAGGCGGCGAGCGACGGCCGGUUGGAGAGGUUGGGACCGGGGCCGACGGUGGUGCCCAAGGAGGUGAGUAUUUUGGAUUUGAGGGCUCCGGCGACGGACAUGUAUGCCGGAUCGGCUUUCGCGAUGUCGCCGGAGCCGAGCUCGCUCCCGUUGCCGUCGUUCUCGAGGAAGAAGAAGCAGGCGUCGAGGAGCUUUGACGACUCUGCGACCAGAGACCUGAGGCGUUUGCUUCGGCUCGAAUGACGAAAAAUUUCAGAGGUCAAUAGUCCGGUGGGAGGAUCCGAGUCCGAGGACCCGAAGAAGGCCCGAAUGGAUUCGGAUUCGGAUUCUAAAAAUAUAAGUGAAGCUACUCUCUGUCUCUCUCUCUCUCUCUCUCCUCUACGUCUGUAUGAUCGGCGACCCUCGUCAUGUUUAUCUGGGUUUCCGGGUCGGAUCUGUCCGUGAUUUUUUUAAACGGCGAGGCAAGAUCCGGAAAUCUGGAAAAAAGACGAGGGUGAAUUAGUAAUUACGUACUACUUGGUAGCGCUUGGUUUUAUGGGGUUGUUGGUGAAUGGGGUAAAUUUGGAAGUUAGGAUGGUGGAAGAAGGAAAAAAGUGGGAAAUGGGGGGUUGAUUUGUAAUAUUUGGGAAAUUAGUUUGGGUUGGAAAAAAAGUAAGAAUUUGGGAUAUGGUUUUAACUUAUUUAGUGUGUAUGUGAUUAUGAAUAUGUCAAGUGUUUCUGCUCUGUUGGGGAAAAUAUGGAAGGUGGGAGACUUUAUGUAUAAUGUACUUUGUAAAGGAAGGAGGAUAUCAAAGUCUGGGCAGAAUUUAUAUA